GUUGAACUUGAUGACCACCACCGACGCGGACAGGCUCAGUGCCGAACGCGCGCACUUCAAGAAGAGCCUGUCGAGAGCCCUCACAGAAGACGAGGACCCUCUUGCCACAUACGACGCCUUUGUCAAGUGGACGGUCAAGAACUAUGCCGAGAACGAUCCGGCCUCUGAGCUUUUGCAACUACUUGAGGAGGCGACGGAUGCGUUCCAGGGCGAUUCGAACUAUAAGACCGAUCUCCGAUAUCUGAAACUAUGGAUCUUGAGGAUACGACACCUCCCACGCGACCAAGGCAUCACGAAAUUCGCGUCAUUGAUGGCAGACAGCAUUGGAGUGUCUUAUUCGCUGUUCUAUGAGGAGUAUGCAGCUUUGUUGGAGAAGGAUGGGAGAUUCGCUGAGGCGGAUGGCGUAUUUCGGAAAGGGAUCAAACGCAAUGUGCGCGCCCUGGAACGACUGAAGACGCGAUACAACGAGUUCAAAGCGCGCAAACCAUCAUCAUCGGACUCCGAUCGCACUCCCACCCAGCCCUCUCAACCUGAAGCGUCCUCCUCCGCUUCAUCCGCCCCCGUCCCACCGCGGGCAACCUUUUCUGUCGACAGCUUUCUCGCCCUGCCAUUGAAAGAGCGAUACGCAGCCAUUUUCGCCCCACCAGCCCCUGGGAAACGCCCCGAGAAGCAGAUGUUUGAUCUCACGUUGCUGUUGAGCGACAAGGAGUACUGUAUCGAGGAAGCGCGGGCCAAGUCCAUGGGUCUUUACGGCAAGAGCUGGGCCCCGCCCCCACCUCCAUCCCAGUUCUCAUCGGCCACGCAGCCGAUUCAUUCCGGUGCCUCGUCGGCGGCCUCAUCCUCCUCGUUGAAGGUCAACUUUAACGACGACGGCCAGAGCACUUCGCGACUGAAGAGCCGACGACGGAGCAUCAUGGGUGGGGCAGAGCCGACCGUCACGAUCAACACGCGAGAAGCGCUGGACGAUGUCUUUGGGAUGUUCAACUCGCCGGAGAAGACAGCGAAACUGGCUGCUGUGGUAAAGAAGCCCGUCACACCGAUGGCUCCGCCAUCAAUGCGAAAGCCAGCGAACGAGAACGAGAACGCACACGCCAAAACGCCUCAGUCAAGUAAGCGCUGUCUGCUUGCGCUUCCGAGUACUGAAAACAGCUCAGGUUUCCGACCGUAUGUGGAUGAGAACGAGAACGGGAACCAGAAUCGUAAAGAGAACACACCAGCCAAGGUGCUUGAUCCCGUUCAAAUGCUUAUCCGGGCUGCUGAUGCACUCCAGUUCAUGCCCUUUGUCGAUCCAGAAGCGAGCAAAACACCGUCGUUCACACCUCGGAAUGUAUUGACCCUGCGAGAAACACCGACCACAGCUAGCAACACACGUCUAACGGCAUUCAAACCGCUAUCUUCUAGCAAGCUCACGGUUGUCCCUGAAGAUACUGGGGUGGCCUCAGAGAAAAGCGUAUUCAAGGUCUUCACGCCAGCUUCCGUUCUAUCAGAAAGCCAGCCGAAACCGACACCACUGCCGAUGCGGGACGUUUUCACAGACGAUCACGGGAAACCUUCACCCCCGAAGCCCACACACGAACGAGCCAAGUCGUAUCAAGACAGCGUUCCAGCGUUCACACCGUUCGUGGACGAAAAUAAGACGCCUUUCAAAGUAUUCAGUCGUCCGCCAGACGCGUCAGAGAACGCCUUCACGCCAGGUGGAGGGAGUUCUGUGUUCACCCCGUUCAAAGACAUUCCGCGGCCGGCACCGACGACAUUCACACCAUAUCAGGAACCUGCCGACACACCGCCCGUAAGCACGGAGAUUCCAGAGGAAGAUCAGUACGAAAACGACUAUCAAUACGAAGAUGAGGAGAUGGAGGAACCGCCACAGGCCGUGGAGGUUUACGAGGAAGGCGCCGAGGAUUCAUAUCAGGCCCCGCUCGGUGGACGGUUCGGGUCGUUUAACGUCAUGACGCCGAUCACAGAGCGCACCUUCGAAUACACGGCCAGGUCCUCCGUUUUCAACGGGACACCCAGCCGAGGGCAGAUCGAGGACGACACGCGGCGGAGCGAGCAGUUUGCUCUGGACAGUGCAGAGCGGCUGGCUGCAGAGUUGCAAGAAGAAGACGAGAAGGAGGCGGCCGAGGCCGAGACGGAGACGGAGGCGGAUAACAAGUCUACGAGACUGGCUCACGCCCUGAAAUCGAGCUCAAUGUUCCGCCCGACGAAUCCAUGUAACCCGUUCGAGGAAUCGGUCAUGUCUGCGCUGCUUUCGCUGACGGUGCCGGACCGGUAUUUUUACGAUCUGGAGCACGAGGACGCGAAUCUGCUCGAUGCACUGCAGAAAUUCACCAAACGCGUCCGGAAGAGCAGUGGGGAGGUGCUUGAAGGUGGACGAUACUCGCUCAAUCUUCACGGCCAUCGCUUCGGCGUCACCGACAAGCUGGGUGAAGGCGGGUUCGGCGCAGUCUUCCGAGCCAAGGAUCUCGGCAACAAACAGGAAGACGAUGACGAAGAGGAGGAAGACGACGAGGAAGACGACGACGACGACGAAAUGUCAUCCGCCGUUGCGCUCAAAGUCGUACGACCGCGGAAUGUCUGGGAAUACCGAGUCUUGCGACGCCUGCAUGCUGCCGUAGAGCCUCAUCUCCGGCAAUCGAUUGUGCUGCCGCACGCGUUGUUUGCGUUCCGGGACGAGAGUUAUCUUGCGAUGGAUAUCUGUCCCCAGGGCACCCUUCUCAACAUCGUCAACGGGGCAAAUGCGGGCAGUCUGGCUCAGGCCGGCGGGACGCUCGAUGAGCUCUUGGUCAUGUUCUUCACGGUCGAGCUGCUGCGGGUCGUCGACGGAAUGCACUCCGCCGGAUUCAUCCACGGCGACCUCAAGAUCGACAACUGCCUGCUGCGGCUGGAAGACGUUCCCGGAGGACCCUCGGCGUGGUCGAGUAUGUACAAUCCCACGGGCGAAGACGGAUGGCGCUGUAAAGGCAUCAAGCUGAUCGACUUUGGGCGGACGAUUGACACGCGCCUCUUUCCCGCGGGCCAGCAGUUCGUCGGCGACUGGGAGGCGGAUGCACGCGACUGCUUUGAGCUGCGUGAGAAACGUCCCUGGACGUGGCAGACCGACUACUUUGGGCUAGCAGGCGUUGUCUACUGUCUGCUUUUCGGGAAGUACAUCCAGGAGAAUUCGGUGGGAACGAGGAACGGCCGACGGACGAUUGAUACACCCUUCAAGCGAUACUGGCAAGGCGAACUUUGGGAGGGUCUCUUCGACAUUUUACUCAACCCGGGCCUGGUCAGGGCUGAUGCGUCUCUGCCAGUAUGUGCGGAGCUGGCUGCCGUGCGCGAGCAGAUGGAGGGAUGGCUGCAGGGUAACUGCAAUCGGGCGAGCAAUACACUGAAGGGUCUCCUCAAGAAGGUCGAGGUCAUGUCUAUCUAG